AUGGAAGAAGCGUUGGUAACGAGUGAGCUGUACGCUACACGAUUGUUACUGCAAGAGACUUUACUGAAACUGCCUGCAAAGUUUGAGGACUGUAACCAUACGCAGAAACAAACUGAGCUGGCACCGUUCACGCUUUUAGAACUGGCACCACAUUUGAGCAGGCACAAGAAAAAUCAAACCCUGUCUGCUGGCCCAGGUUGGAAGGUGCAGUCCUCUCCCCAGUCACACCAGGCUCCAGAGGUGCAGAUGGAGCUGCGGCGGGUGCAAGGACUGAGCCGCUCUGCCCAACACACUCACAGAAGGACUGGGUUUGACCUGAAGGAUAACGACAGCCAGGAUGAGCUUACUUUAUGGACAAAUUCAGGGGAGAGCAUUCUACACUUAAGCAGUAGCUUGAAAAGUAGCCUGGCAGGCAGCAGUGGCUGGAGAAGCCCUAAGGCUGACCGGCAGGGAAAUUCAGAACAUUUUGUGAAAGUAAAUCUGCCCAGCUCUCCUGUCAAAUGGGAGAAACUUGUGGCACAGAAAGAAACGGUUGGGAAGCAUUCCUGUGUGAGCUCCCGUGGGCAUAAAUGGUCAUCGUUUCCCCCCUGGUUGCAGAGGAACGAGGUCAAAAGUGAUAUAUGGUUUGUAAGUAAGAGUAUUACUUGUGUUGUCUUUGACACCAGGUCCGGCAGUGACAGGGCACAAACUGCGUUUAUGGAGUGCUUACUGCAGCCAAAACCAAGCCCACAUAUGGAGCUAGAUGAUGAUGGUGCACCAUCAUCCUCUGGCUCUGCAGUGACUCUGUGUGAAAUCAGCCCUUCUUCUCAUGUUGUUUUGCUUCACCUCAUUCUUCCUUCUCUUUCUCUGCCUUCUAGCAUGCACUUAAUUCAGGUGGAUUCCGUUCAGCGAUGGAUGGAAGAUUUGAAGUUGAUGACAGACUGUGAAUGUAUGUGUAUUCUUCAGUCCAAGCCAAUCGGUAUUGAGAAAGAUGAACAAAAUGAACUUAUCCUUUCCUCACAAUAUAGUACAUGUGAUAACUUGCAGCUGCUACUAAAGAGAGCUUGGAUCAUAAGCACAGAGUUGACCAGGAUUGCUCAAAAGCUAGAGAAGAACAGAUGGCAGAGAGUUCACAGCAUGACAGUAAGAGUCAACUGUCACGUACGUUCAAUGAUAAAUGAAUACAAUACAUUCACCAGGAAUUCUUCAGAAGAAAUGCACCAGUUUGAAAAACUUUUAAUAGACAAGUGUUCAGAAUUUACAGCAUUCACAGAAAGGUGCCUACAAACUGAAGAUGAACAGAUACUGAAGUCUAUGAAAUCUUGUAUUAAGGAAACGCUCACUACUGUAGCUCAGUAUUUUGGCCAGUUAAUAGAUCUGGUUUUAACACAUGAGGCACAGAACCUGCUGAGACAAAUAGAAUUGUCAGAUAGUGUGUAUAUCACCGAGUCAGCAAUUAACAGUUUAUUCAGCCUUACCCAGGAAGGUGCUCAUCUGUGCCACAUCAUAGCUAAGGAAGGAGGUGUGGUUGCUCUCUUUAAGGUCUGUCGCCAGGAUUGUUUCAGGUGCCUUUAUCCCCAGACACUGAGAACGCUGGCAUCCAUCUGCUGUGUAGAGGAAGGGAUGCACCAGCUGGAAAAAGCUGAUGGGAUACUGUGCCUGGCUGACAUUCUUACUGAUAACACCCAUUCCGAAGCUACUCAUGCAGAGGCAGCAGCAGUAAUUGCACAGAUCACAUCUCCACAACUCACGUUCACUCAGCAUCUCAGCAGCUUUCUGGAACAUAUGGAAGAAAUUGUAACAGCACUUGUCAAACUGUGCCAAGAAGCCUCCUCUGGUGAAGUUUUCCUGCUGGCUUCAGCAGCUCUUGCCAAUAUUACUUUUUUUGAUACCAUGGCUUGUGAAAUAUUGCUCCAGUUAAAUGCAAUGAAGAUUCUUCUAGCAGCAUGUUCAGACAAACACAUAGUGGAUACUCCAUAUUCCCGAGAUCAGGUGGUAACAAUAUUGGCAAACAUGUCUGUCUUGGACCAGUGUGCUUCAGAAAUCAUUCAAGGAAAUGGUGUUCAACUUUUAAUGGAAAUGCUCUUUGAAAGAUCAUCUUCAGGAAAUUCAGCAGAAGUUGCUGCUUGUGAGCGAGUCCAACAGAAAUCUGCAGUUACACUGGCACGACUCAGCCGAGAUCCUGAAGUGGCAGAUGCAGCCGUAAAACUCAGCUGUAUUCCUCGCCUAAUUAAACUUUGCAGAUCACCAACUGAAAGAAAUAACAGUGAUUCUGUUUUAGUGGCAUGUCUGGCAGCCUUACGGAGACUAGCAGUUAUGAGUCCUGAUGGACUUGAAGAUUCAGAUUUUCAGCAGCUAGUAAAGCCUAGACUUGUGGAUUCCUUUCUGCUAUGCACAAAUAUGGAAGAGAGCUUUGUAUAAACGUGAGCCAAAAGCCUUUGAAAAAUAAUCAAGAUGAUAGGUAUAUAAUAAUACAUACACAAUUUUAUUUCGAUUUAGUCCUAUUGUUAUUUAUGACUUAUUUAUUUUAAAACCAUGAACAUGUGAUUUGUAGGAGAAACAGAAUGAGCAAACUUGUUUCAGCGGUUUGCAAUGGUAAUUUUAA